AUGUACAUAAAAUUUAAGGAUAUCACCGAAGUUGCUGAUGCAAUCAAAACUUUUGAAUUCGAAAGGAAAGAAUUCCUAUCUCGAACUGGGGAUAAUAAGAAGAGAAAUAGGGAAGGCCAAUUUAAGCAGGAAAUCGGCCAAUCAUCCACUACACCACCACAUCAAGCUCGCAAAGUGCAAGAAAAUCCAAACUUUGGAAAUCAAGCACGUCCAUGGCAACCUAGACUUCAAAACCCAAGGCCUGCUCAAAACCAAAUUCAGUUGUAUGCAGAACCUAUUAGAGCUCAACCACUAAAUCAACAAGUAAACCCGAAUCAGAUUACAUACCCUCUAUGUAAUACUUGUGGUAAGAGACAUCAAGGCGUAUGUCACCGAAGUACAGGAGCCUGCUUUAGAUGUGGCCAAACUGGACACAUGAUUAAGGAAUGUCCUAAGAAAGAUACUAAGAAGAAUCAUCAACCCAAUGUUGGAGGAAGAGUUUUCGCACUUUCUGCUACUGACGCUGCUAAUGUUCCAGGUACUGUAUCUGGAACCCUUCAGAUUGGUGAACAUAGUAUCUAUGUGUUAUUCGAUACAGGAGCGACUCAUUCUUUAGUAUCCCACUCGUUUACUAAGUAUCUUCCGAUAAGACCAACUCUCUUAGAUCAUACUUUAACCAUUUCCACUCCCAUAGGAACUUCGUCCGUAAUCACUUACGUAUAUAAGGAUUGUCCGAUCCGUAUUGAAUCUAUUGUGUGUAAGGCAGACCUCUUUCCAAUACAUAUGUGUGACUUUGAUGUUAUUCUAGGAAUAGAUUGGUUGUCUAGACAUCAGGUAACUAUAGAUUGUCAUUCUCGCCGUGUUAUUUUCGGUAAUCUUCAUCAUCCUGAUAUUAUAUAUCAGGGAACUCAAGCUCGAAAAUCCAUAUCAAACGGCUGUGCUGGAUUCCUAGCAUCGAUUAAGGAUAUUUCUGCUAGUAUUAAGAGUAUCGAUAGCCACUCCGUUGUCCGUGAAUAUCCUGAUGUAUUUCCGGAUGAACUUCCGGGAUUACCACCCGACCGUCAGUUAGAAUUCACCAUCGACUUGAUCCCUGGUGCCGAACCUAUUUCUAAAGCUCCAUACCGUAUGGCCCCGAUGGAACUGAAGGAGUUGAAGGAACAAUUGCAAGAAUUGUUAGAUUUAGGAUUCAUAAGACCCAGUAAUGAUGAUGUUCCCAAGACCGCUUUUCGUACUCGAUAUGGUCAUUACGAAUUUUUGGUUAUGCCCUUUGGGCUAACUAAUGCACCCGCAGUCUUUAUGGAUUUGAUGAAUCGCGUAUUUCACCAAUUCCUAGACAAAUUCGUUAUUGUCUUUAUCGAUGACAUUCUGGUAUAUUCUAAGAGUCGCGAAGAGCAUGAAGCACAUCUACAUAUAGUACUUGGAACCUUGCGGCAUGAGAAGUUGUACGCGAAGUUUUCCAAAUGUGACUUUUGGCUUAGCCAAGUGUCAUUUCUAGGACAUGUCAUAUCAGCCGAAGGAAUUAUGGUAGAUCCAACAAAGGUUGAAGCUAUUACAAAAUGGCCAAGACCCACUUCUGUUACCGAAAUACGAAGUUUCUUGGGUCUUGCUGGCUAUUACCGAAGAUUUGUUGAAAGAUUCUCGGUAAUUGCUUUGCCACUUACAAAACUCCUAAGAAAAGGGGUGAAGUACUCAUGGAAUGAGGAACAAGAGAAAAGCUUUGAAGAAUUAAAGAAACGACUCGUAUCCUCUCCGAUACUCGCUCUCCCUUCUGGAUCAGGAGGUUACCAAGUCUACAGUGAUGCCUCAAAGAAAGGAUUAGGUUGUGUGCUAAUGCAACAUGGGAAGGUUAUCGCUUAUGCCUCCCGUCAGUUGAAGCCUUAUGAAGUUAACUAUCCUACCCAUGAUUUAGAACUAGCCGCAGUCGUCUUUGCACUUAAGAUUUGGCGACAUUAUCUGUAUGGUGAAAGAUGUGAUAUCUUUACCGACCACAAGAGCCUCAAGUAUAUAUUUACGCAGAAAGAGCUAAAUAUGAGGCAAAGAAGGUGGUUAGAACUUUUAAAAGAUUAUGACGCAAAUAUUCAAUACCAUCCAGGCAAAGCCAAUGUUGCAGCUUGGGGGACACGACUAAAGUUUAGUACGGCUUUCCAUCCACAAACAGAUGGGCAGUCAGAACGU